AUGUACAAUUUCCUGCAAACAGGGUUGGACCAUUUGGCCAGUCGCACGCGGUGCAUUCCGGGACUUCCGAUCCCAGAGAUCUCCGGAUUUUACAUAAAAGGCGUCUGGAAGUCACUAGUCUGUCAGAAUAGACAAUUUUUCAGUCAAUCAGAAUGGAGGAAAUGUCUGAGGGGGAAGACACUGCAUUUCAUGGGAGACUCCACCAUACGGCAGUGGUACGAGCACUUUGUAAAGAUACUAAACCUUACCGACAGUACCCUUCCAGACGCCAUCCAACAAACCGGACCUCUGCUUGCUCGUGACGAAGUCAACAAUAUCACCGUAACAUAUCGUUCUCAUGGACCACCUCUUCGUUGCGCAUGGACCCGGACCUUCCACCUACAGUACGUUGCCAACGUCAUCGAUGAGAUCGGAGGAGGCCCAAAUGACGUGGUGGGUAUCUCCGUCUGGGCCCACUUCACAUCGUACGCUGUAGACAUCUACAGAGAGAGGAUGGAGGCCAUCCGAGCUGCGAUUCAACGGCUGCAUCAGAGGAAUCCUGAGACACUCGUGGUCAUCAAGUCCGCCAACACGCGCAUGGGCAAUGAGCUUAUUGCCGGAGACUGGCUGGCACAUCAGUUGGAUUUGUUGAUGAGAGAGAUGUUUGAGGGAAUGAACGUUGUGCUGAUAGAUGCCUGGGAAAUGACAACUGCACAGCAAUGGCAAGCGGACCGCAUUCACCCCACCAGUGACAUCAUAAUACAGGAACUUGAAUAUCUAUGUUCUUUUAUUUGUCCUCCAUAAUUUCCUUUAAACGUUCUGAUUUCUUUCGACGAAUUCCAACAGGCACCAAAGUUCUGAGUUCUUCAAAGAAAAUUGUAACGACCUGGUACUGGUCGUCAGGCUACGUAUGGUAUUAGCGUACAAAGAUCAG